AUGUCUGCAUACUUUACUAUUCUUCCUUCGGCGCAGGAGCUCGGUCGUUUUUCAUUGUCGCUGCUUAACUCUACUAUCUUCGCCCCGCAUCGCAGAACCGUGUUUAAUCAUCCGUCGUUGGCAGAGUUUGACAUAGACGGGGAAUCGGGAUUCUUCCCCAGAGACCCUCUUCCCCCAUUGCCAAGACCAUUCGACAUCUGGGAAGCCGCCCUCGAUGAAACCACGGAACGCGUCAGCCUUGGCGAGGACGAAUCAGACGCAGCGCUAGAGAAGCGAACUAAUAGCGAAGCCUGGCGGCGAGCUAUCAAAUCGUGGCCGGUCAUCGAGACGGAGGUUUUACACACCAAUCCUCGCCUCUUGCAAAAGGCGCAUCAGGUUCUGGCAUGGCUAGUGCAUUUCUACGUCCAUUCGAUCCCUCCAAGCAAUGAAGACGCAUCAAUAACUGUCCCAAAGUCGAUCGCAGUACCUCUUGUAGCCGUGUCGCGAGUGCUCGGAAUAGCGCCAGUCCUUACUUUCGCGGACACCGUCUUAUGGAACUGCGAGCCCGUGGACAAGUCUUGCCCCAUCUCCUUAGAGAACAUCCGCCCCAAGUACACGUUUUCUGAUACCGACGACGAACGCAGCUUUUACAUUGCAUCAGCUCGGGCAGAAAUACGAGGGAUCGAGAUUCUACGAAUCAUCGAUGCGUUCCAUAGUUUGCCGAACAUGUCCGACUUCACAUCUAUUUCCAGAGUAUCAAGGGAUCUAGCGCGGCUAACGAAGGCAAUCGAAGAUAUCAGCGAAAUUAUUCAAUCGGUGCGAGCUGAUUGUGAUCCGCACGUGUUCUACUGGGAGAUUCGUCCUUGGUUCGAAGGGAGCGACGCAAAGGGACCCCAGGAGCCUGGUUGGGUGUACGAGGGGGUGGAUAUGAGCGAGAAGCUCGACCUCAGCGGGCCUUCGGCCGGCCAGAGUACAGUAAUACACGCUCUGGAUAUAUUCCUCGGUAUCGAUCACAAACUGCAAUACCGCCGAUCACCUGCGCCAUCGCCGGAAAACAAGAGGGCAGACAGAGGGUUUAUGGCGAGAAUGAGGCGCUACAUGCCAGGGAAGCACAGGGAGUUCCUCGAGUACCUUGCUGCAGCUCCACGCCAAUUGCGCGACCAGGCCCAGGAGACGACUGCCCUCAAGGAGCCCUACGAUGCCGCGGUCAUGGCGUUGAAGAAGCUUCGGGAUAUGCACAUGCGUAUUGCCUGCCUGUACAUCGUCACGAUGUCCAGAUCAGCGCCCUCCGAUCGGCCUGGAUGCCCUGUCCUAGCGGCGAUGGAGCGUCAGAGGGGACGGGCACCUGAAAAAGGCCCAAUACGGGGCACUGGCGGGACCGAACUGUCCCUUCUUCUCAAGGCUGCACGAGACGCAACUAGACGGGCGGCGCUCAAAGGAAACUAG